AUGGACCAGAUCUUGCAGGGUCUGGAAGGGGUCAUCUGUUGCUUAGACGACAUGCUGAUAAUGGGGAAAAAUGACAAGGAACACAUGGUAAACCUGGAAAUGGUGCUGUCUAGUGAGGACUGUGCUUUGGAAUCGUCCGUUGUCAGAGUAAUCAAUCCCUGUGAGCGAUGGGAAAGCAGUGAGGAGUUGCAGGAGUCGUCAUCCACCUCCCUGGUAGCAAGAGAGAUUCUCCAAGAGGCACCAGAGCUGCUCACACUGCAACUGGCUCUUCUCCUCCGAGGAGCCAUACUUUUUGAAUCUAUUAAUGCGCCUUCCAAAGAUCGCAAGUUGACCAACGACCAAGAAGAAUUGCUCUAUGCUAUGGAGAAGAAGUUUGGGGAGCUUCCUCCGAGGGAGGAUGCCAUCACAGUUUUAAAGUCAGCCAAGCCAAAAUUUCAAGGAGCAAACAUUGAAGAGAUGCUGCUAAAGGAAGUGAAAGAGCUGUCGGAUGGAGAUAUUAAAGUUGCAAUUAGCACUGUGCACAUGAACCUGGAGCAGAGGACUAACGAGUCGGGAGCUGCAGCCACGGAGCCAGCACAGACCCCACAGCACGACUAG